AAGGUGUCGCUUCUCUGGUAAACAAAGCGGUGAUCAGUUGGAUGAGCGCAUGCGUGGAGUGAGUGCUGAAGUGCUCGCCAUUUGUCUAAAAGUUUGGAUAAUUUGGAAGAAUGAAAGCCGAAGACCACGACUUCGACGGUUGGCGGUCGUCGUCCGCCUCUCAUUAUACAAGCCAUGGCCAGUCUUUGGGUGGAUCAGGGUCUGGGUCUGAGUAUCACAUGUCAUACUAUCCGGUGAGCACUCCUGCAGCCGUUUUUCCGUAUUCCGAAUCGGGAUCUCAGCCGUGGAGUAAUGGAGAACACAUGCCGUUUCUGACCGGACAAUACACCGAUCAUUCUCAACAACAACAACAACACUAUCCGAUGGAUUUGUUUGGUUCUCAAAACACAUACGGUUUCGGUUCAAUGGCUUCGACCGUUCCGUCGACGCCCUUCAACUUCUUUCCCUCCAAUUCGGACCCGUUUUGGGGUAACUCCAAGAACCGAUCGCUCGCACCGACGGCCGCACCUCAGUAUAGACUUCAUGACGACUAUAGCUAUCAUUCGACCGAUUCUUAUGCCGUCAAUGAUAUGAAACCUCUUGAGUCUGGAAUCGGAGGUCUAUCUUUGGACAAUUUCACCAAAACUAGUGAUCAGUUCUCCAAACCGUUUGACAAGAAGUUUGAUUCGAUGUCCGCCGCGUCUGUCGUCGGUUCGCAACCCAAGAAGACCACGUGGGCAUCGAUCGCGUCACAACCGGCAAAACCAGCGCCAAAGUCGCUCAAAUCGAAGAUGUCUUCGGCGUCUGUUUUGACGGGUCAGACCAAGCAUUUACCGCCAGCGAUGGACGCGAUCGGAACCUGGGACCAGAAGAAUGGAUCGGCAGUUAAGACACCACCUCUACCGCCCCCGCCUCUCAUCCAGAAGACGCCAACCACCACAACCACUACCAGUACUCCUUCGCAGUGGACGCCAUCUUCGGCAUCUCGAGCUGUGGCGCAAACGCCUCGAUCGCAACCACAAACACGACGCGAAGAGACGACGGCUUCCGUGCCGUCAAAUGAUGGUCCGUCGUCCGGGACGUCGACGAAUGCGUCGUCCGGAGCGCCGCAUCCGGUUUUAGAUAAACUUCGCGUUGAAAACAAUUAUAAUCCAAAAGAGUUUGAUUUAAACGCAAAAAACAUCCGUUUUUUCAUUAUUAAGUCGUAUUCUGAAGACGAUAUUCAUCGAUCCAUUAAGUACUCGAUCUGGUGUUCGACCGAACACGGAAACAAACGACUGGACGCGGCCUGGAGGGCACAUGAAGGCAAAGGAGUCAUUUAUCUGUUGUAUUCCGUCAACGGAUCCGGCCACUUCUGCGGAAUGGCACAGAUGAUGUCUCCGGUCGAUUACCAGGCGUCAUCGUCGGUUUGGGCUCAAGACAAGUGGCGUGGUCAAUUUCGCGUGAAAUGGAUUUACGUGAAGGACGUCCCGAACGCCCAAUUGCGUCACAUCCGACUGGAAAACAAUGAGAACAAACCCGUGACCAACUCGAGAGACACUCAGGAGGUUCCGGCGGAAAAGGGGAAGCAAGUGGUGAAGAUUAUGCAUCUUUUCAAGCAUUCGACGUCUAUUUUCGAUGAUUUCCUUCAUUACGAGAAACGACAAGAAGAAGAGUCCAUCCGAAGAGUGGAAGUCGUCGAAAGAGUUCCCGAACGACCAGAACGGCCGGUCGAGCGGGAACGGGAGCGUGACAGGGACCGGGAGAGGGACCGGGAGAGGGAUCGCGAGCGGCGAACAAACGACAGCCGAAGACAAUGGAAAUGAAGACAAGAGUGCAGUGAAAGUGUUUAAAGGGUUUUAAAGACAGUUAAAGACAGUUAAAGACAGUCUGUGACAGAACUGAAGUGACUUUUUUACAAUAAAUGCGUUCGUGAGACCACUUCUAGUGGUUCUCACGCGCGAUC